AUGUUUCUGCAGAAAUGGUCAGCACUUCUUCAUUUCACUUUCUAUUUAAGGGCACCUGUGAGCUUUUUCUUUCUCCAAGGUUGCUUGGCAAGUAAAUCAGAAGAAAGACUUUUUCGCAAACUGUUCUCCCGUUACAACCAGUAUAUCAGACCUGUAGAAAAUGUGUCCAAUCCCGUGAAGGUGCAUUUUGAAGUGGCAAUUACCCAGCUUGCAAAUGUGGAUGAAGUCAAUCAGAUCAUGGAGACAAAUCUCUGGCUGCGACAUAUUUGGAAUGAUUAUAAAUUGAAAUGGAAUCCAGUGGAGUUUGGUGGAAUUGAAUUUAUCCAUGUGCCAUCAGACAAAAUUUGGAAACCUGAUAUUGUGCUAUACAAUAAUGCUGUCGGAGACUUCCAGGUUGAAGGACGGACCAAGGCUCUUCUCAGAUAUGAUGGCACCAUCACCUGGAUACCACCUGCCAUUUUUAAAAGCUCCUGCCCUAUGGAUAUUACCUUCUUCCCCUUUGAUCACCAGAACUGCUCCUUAAAAUUUGGAUCGUGGACAUAUGACAAAGCCAAGAUAGAUCUUUUGAUUAUUGGUUCCAAAGUAGACAUGAAAGACCUUUGGGAGAACAACGAGUGGGAAAUAGUUGAUGCUUCUGGCUAUAAACAUGACAUAAAGUACAACUGCUGUGAGGAAAUCUAUACGGAUAUAACCUACUCUUUUUAUAUCCGAAGGCUCCCCAUGUUUUACACUAUUAAUCUGAUUAUACCUUGCCUGUUUCUUUCAUUCCUGACUGUAUUCGUAUUUUACCUUCCAUCAGACUGUGGAGAGAAAGUAACACUUUGCAUCUCUGUCCUCCUUUCAUUGACUGUUUUCUUGCUGGUAAUUACAGAGACAAUUCCCUCAACUUCUUUGGUCAUCCCACUAGUGGGAGAAUACUUGCUUUUCACCAUGAUAUUUGUGACACUCUCUAUUGUGGUGACAGUCUUUGUACUGAAUAUCCAUUACCGGACUCCAACAAUGCAUACAAUGCCCAACUGGGUCAAAACUGUCUUCCUUGGUCUUCUGCCCAAGUUUCUGAUGAUGAAGAGACCCAUACAGAAACAUGUUGACUCCCAACCCCCCAAACCUGUGAAAGAAAGUGUCACUAAACCCAGCAAGCCCAAGGCUGAUGAGCUUGCAGAAGUGGAAGUCCUCAGUGAGAACCGCUGCUGCCACUGUGACAACUCCAAGGACACAGUGGCAAGGAAGCAAAGGAGACAGAAUUGCCAAUCUGCCAAAGGGGAGGCUGAAUCAGUCGAGUAUUCCCCAGAGGUUAAAGAAGUCAUUAACAGUGUUCAGUUCAUCGCAGAAAACAUGAGGAGUCAGAAUGAAACUAAAGAGGUAGAAGAUGACUGGAAAUAUGUCGCCAUGGUAAUCGAUAGAGUAUUUCUGUGGGUGUUCAUAAUUCUCUGUGUAUUUGGAACAGCGGGGAUAUUCCUACAACCAUUGAUAGCAGAUGUAUAG